AUGGCGAAUCAAACCAAACUCACCACCCCUGACACCAAGAGCCAUUACAGCAACUAUUACGGAGGCUUGGGCUAUGGCUAUGGAGGCUUUGGUGGUCUGGGCUAUGGCUACGGUUGUGGAUGUGGCAGCUUCCGCAGACUGGGCUAUGGCUGUGGCUUCAGAGGCUGUGGAUAUAGCUGCCAUUACCACCCAUUGCACUAUGGAGGUUAUGGAUUCUCUAGCUUCUACUAA